AUGACCUUCCCGUGGAUAUAUCCCAUCAGAGUGGUACAAGCACUCUUUGGCGUGGUCGUGAUCGGCUUGACAGGAUAUGUGGUUUCAACAUUCUACUAUGGAUGGUCAUACUCGGAUACCGUCAACUUCCUCCUCUUCCUUGGUUGCUGGACUGCCUUUGUAGCAGUGCCCUACCUCGCCAUUACACCAAUAUGGUUUCCUCGUCUUGCACACCAUUAUGUGAUUCCUGCUGUUGAAGUCAUUACCAUGAUCUUCUGGUUUGCCGGGUUUAUCGCCAUGGGGGCGAUGUUGCCUCCACCGAGGUGGUGUCAUGGGAGUGCAUGCAGCUCGCUCCAGGCAGCAACGGUAUUUGGGGCUUUUGAAUGGUGUGAUUCUUUGUCUUUGGUUUUUCUUGGUUUUGCGACAGUAUAUAUGGUCAGAGAGCUAACUGUGAUUGCUACCGCUUAUAGGGUGCUUUUCGUAGUGACCAGCUAUUUCGGUAUUGUCGGUCUUAUGCACCACCGCCGUGGUGGAGAAGCGAAAACACAUACGAAUGUGCAGAUGGGAGUCUGA